AUGAGUUUGCCUCUUGCUGCUUGGCUUGAGAAAAUUCAAAAGGAUGCAGUUUUGCCUCAAGUGGCUCAGCUCAAGCUGCCUCAAUUUUCCCUGAGCAUCGAGAAACUUGUGCUCCUGGCUAGUGCUUUACAACCUGUUAUUGAUUUACUGAGUUCACCAUGUUUGGAAAGCCAAAGAGAAACUGCUCUAUUACUUGGUCAGUUAGUUACUGCUGAUUUAGAUUACAAGGCACACAUUGUUUAGAAGAGUGCGGUAUAACCAUCAAUUAAGAUGCUUCAGUCACCUGAUUCACAAGUCAGGGUGAUGUCGGCCUUUUCCAUUGGGAGGUUGGCACUAGACACAAAUAACCAAGCUGGCAUUGCUCAUUAUGGUCGGAUAGUGCCUCUAGUCAAGUUACUUAAUUUGAAAAAUGAAUCUCUGCAAAACAAUGUUGCAUUUGCUCUAUAUGGUCUUGCAGAUAAGGAGGACAACAUUGUAGCUCUUAGUACAUUUGGAAUUGUUCAGAAUUUUGAAGAUGGAGAAUUCCUUGUUCAGCGAACAAAGGAUUGUGUUGAAAAGACAUUGCAACGAUUAGAGGGGAAGAUUUCUGGACGAGUAUCGAACAAUCUAUUAUAUCUGAUGCGGGUUACUGAUAAGGCUGUUCAAAGUCGAGUGGCUUUGGCUUUUGCUCAUCUUUGUAAGCUUGGUGAUCCGCAUGUCAUUUUCAUUGAACAUAAAGGAAUGAAGCUGUUGUUGGGGCUUCUUAAGUCCAAAAGUCCGAAGCAGCAACAUGAUGGUUCAUUGGCCCUGCACAAAUUGGCUACAAAAGCCACUCCACUCUCUCUUGAUGUGCUUGCGGAAUCUCUCACGACGGUAGCCCAAGCUUUUGCACUAGAAUACAUAUAA